CCACUUAUUCUUAACAAACACACAAUUCACGCCCGCCUAUUUCUUCUCUCGUCGUCUUUUCAUAGCAAACUGCACUUUCUCUCUCUACAAAGCGCUCUAUAUCCCUCUCCUCCUCACACAGCGAGAUACCGGCGAGCGAAAUCUCGCCGGAAUUUCGCUCACCGCCAACGGGAAUCCAAUUUUCCGAUGCGAGUUCCUUAUUGCCCUGGACUUAGUUGAAUUAUGCAAGAAAACGCUAAUUUCUUAUAAUUUUGCUUCUCUCUCUCUUUUUUCUUCUGGAUUUUAGGUAAUUAUGAUUUUAUAGAAGCAAACGACAAAGAAAAUAUACGCUCUUGCGCGGCGAGUGCGAUAGCAUUCAGUGCAGGGAAAGAGACGUUCAUGUGAGGCUUGAAUUCCGAGAUCCUUUGUUCUAGCUUGGUUCCUCAUUCCUUGAAUUCUUUCAACGUUUACCUUUCUCUACUGGAUCGCUCCUGUUAAAUGCCAACACUGCGUUCUCUCUCUUUGAUCGAGAAAUCUGUGUUGGAUUGGAGCGGGAGAACGCACGUAAUUGAAGGUACGAUUUUCGAAAGGUGAACCAUGAAGCCUGUAUGGGCAAAACAAUUGAGAAAAUUUUGAGGCUUCAUUUCAUACUUGAGGUUGUCUAAUUUUGAAGUUUCAAAAUGCCUUUUGAAAUUGCGGAUCAAAGGGGUGGAUCACUGCCGUCACACUUUUUUGAAGACGAUUCUCUUCUGGUUGAGAGACAAAUUGGAUGUUGGAAGUCAAAUACUAUGUCCACACAGCAAGAUGGAAUCAUACCAAUGCCUGGGAGCAACUUUGCUGCUUCAUCGACCCUGGAAAGACUUUCACAAAGAGGGGUACCUUCAGCUGAUUGCUUGCUAUCUCUACCGUCAACUAUAGCGAGAGACCAUAAAGACAAGCUUCAAAUUGGUGGAGAUGGAGGAAGUGCCAGUAUUUCUGAGACUUCAUGGAAUUCUAACAACAAUCAUCCACGAUCACGGUUAAAUUUAAGUGCAUAUCCGGCAUCUUAUGGUUUGGAUGGACCAAGGGCUGGUACUAAUGGGACACAGUUUGAAAGUAGUUUGUUCUCAAGCUCGUUGUCUGAAAUAUUUAGUCGGAAGCUGAGGUUAUUCGGGAAGGAGGUUUUGUCCCAUCAACCUGUUAAAGCUGUUACUUCCUACCAUGAAGAAGAAGAACCGUGUGAACUUCUUGAUGAAAUUGAGGCACAUACUAUUGGGCAUAUCCUCCCUGAUGAAGAUGAUUUAUUUUCAGGAGUGAUUGAUCCAUUGGGACACAAUCCACAAGUGAAUUCUGGGGAUGACUUAGAAGAUAUUGACCUGUUUAGCAGUGGAGGGGGCAUGCAAUUAGAUGUGGAUGAAGAUGUAAGUGCAGGGCAAUUUAUUGGGGGUGUUUUUAAUGCUCAGGGGCAUUUUAAUGGUUCAGUUGUUGGAGAGCGCCCCUCAAGAACACUUUUUGUGAGAAACAUCAAUAGCAAUGUUGAAGAUUCCGAACUAAAGGCUCUUUUUGAGCAAUAUGGAGAUAUAAGAACACUCUAUACAGCCAGCAAACAUCGUGGAUUUGUCAUGAUUUCUUAUUAUGAUAUUAGAGCUGCUCGAAAUGCAAUGAAGGCACUUCAAAAUAAGCUGCUGAUGUGUAGGAAACUUGACAUACAUUAUUCAAUUCCAAAGGACACUCCAUCAGAAAAAAAUGUUAACCAGGGGGUUCUGGUGGUAUCCAACCUCGAUUCCUCUGUUUCUGAUGACCAGCUUCUCCAGAUAUUUGGUGUUUAUGGAGAUAUCAAAGAAAUCAGAGAGACUCCACACAGGUUUCAUGACAAGUUCAUAGAGUAUUAUGAUAUUCGAGCUGUAGGGGCUGCUUUUAAUUCUUUAAAUGGGAGUGACAUUGCUGGGAAGCAGAUCAAGCUCGAACCCAGAAAUCUCUGGUGUACAAAAUGGAGUCCGAUCCAACAAACUGAGCCAGAGCGAGAUGAACUUCAAUGGCCUUUUGAAAAACUUCAAUCAGAUCACGUUGCAAUGUUUCCACCUUGCUUAAAUGUAUCUAGCUUCAUGGAUGACGGCCCUAUUCGGGUUUUACCUUCUGCUGAUCCAUCGCGUUUAAGUGUAGUAACCAAUCCACAUCUCAGUUCAAGUGUGCCCAAAAGCCUGUCCUCUCCGUUGACUGUGUCAUCCAUUAGCAAACAAGCUGGACUUCAUGAGCCCCACCAUUCUGUCAAUGACGUGAAGUUUGGUAGUCAAUAUGUUCCAAGUCUCUAUCCACAUUCUCUCCCUGUUUAUCAUGAUACUCUGGCCAAUGGUAGUUCAUACGGUUCUUUAAGCAGUAUCAGAGACAUGGGUAGCAGUGGUGAUCCUAGAGUGACAGAAGGUUUUGGCAAUAAGUGCAUUAAUGGUGUGAACUUAAAUGGACAGCUCAUGGAAUUUAAUGGCGGAGUUUUUGGAUCUUCUGGAAAGGGAUCCUGUACAACGCAUGGACAUCACUUUAUGUGGAAUGGCUCCAGCUCCCCUCAGCAACAUCCUUCAAGCCCAAUGAUUUGGUCGAAUUCACGGUCGAAUUCACCAUCAUUUGUUAAUGGUGUUCAAUCACAUCAUUUUCCACAUGUGCCUGGUUUUCAUAGAGCACCUCCCCUAAUGCUGAACACAGCAUCACCUAUUCAUCACCAUAUUGGAUCUGCCCCUGCUGUUAAUCCCUCCUUCUUGGAGAGGCAACAUGGCUAUAUUGCAGAGUCUCCUGAAGCAUCUGGUUUCCAAUUGGGCUCCCUUAGGAAUGGGGGUUUUCCUAUUGGUUCUCCUUCACAUCCAGCGGAAAUUGCAUCUCACAACAUUUUUUCUCAUGUUGGUGGAAAUUAUAUGGAGUUGAAUAAUAAUGGUGCAUUACACUCUCCUCAGCAGAUGCUCCACAUUUUCCCUAGGAGGAACCCAAUGAUUUCAGGACCAGCCUCUUUUGAUCCAUCUAAUGAACGUGCAAGAAACUUUUCACACCGUAGAAAUGAAUUGAAUUCUAAUCAUGCCGAUAAGAAGCAAUACGAGCUCAAUGUCGAUCGCAUACUGCAUGGGGACGAUUGCCGAACUACACUGAUGAUAAAGAACAUUCCAAACAAGUACACCUCAAAGAUGCUUCUGACUGCCAUUGAUGAGCAUUGUCGAGGAACUUAUGAUUUUCUUUAUCUUCCAAUUGACUUCAAGAACAAAUGCAAUGUCGGCUAUGCGUUCAUAAACAUGAUCGACCCACAACAGAUUAUUCCAUUCUUCCAGGCAUUCAACGGAAAAAAAUGGGAGAAGUUCAACAGUGAAAAGGUGGCAUCUCUUGCAUAUGCUCGGAUUCAGGGCAAAGGUGCAUUGGUUGCACAUUUUCAGAACUCGAGCUUGAUGAAUGAGGAUAAGCGUUGUCGACCUAUUCUCUUUCAUACUGAUGGUCCUAAUGCUGGUGAUCAGGAGCCCUUUCCUAUGGGCACCAAUAUUCUGUCAAGACCAGGCAAACCUCGAACUGGGGGUACUGAUGAAAAUCACAAGCAAGGGAGCCCUCAAAAUUAUGCUGAUGGAGAGGGCUCUUCCAAAGCAGUGGAAUCUUCAUCGGGUUCUUCAGAGAUCUCGAAUUGAGUAUCUGCCUUAUAGCAGGCACUAACCAUGACCUUGAAUGAGAGUGCGAGGUGUAUAUCCACCCUUAUACUGUAUGCCGGGGGUGGCCUGAUGACUUUUUUCACUGUAUAGAGCAUUGUUCUGAACUUAACCAAAACCAAGCUGGGUAGCCUCAGAAUCUUCAUUGUUUCCAUAAAAUUUUGUGACAUGGCCAACUAUGAGUACAAUGAAUUGCCUGACAGUAUCAAAAUUUUGGGUAGUCUGAGUAACCAUUGUUGUACAGAAGUCCAAGGCUUUUUUGAA